AUGUUGCUUGCGUCCAUUGGUUAUCUAGCUCUUACUGCUAUUGAUAAUCGGUGCAACCCUACCAUUGGUUAUGUGGGUCUUCCUAUGGUUGGUAUUCGGUCUCGUGCGUCCAUUGGUUAUGUGGCUCCUGCUGUCAUUGAUGUUCGGUCCUUUGUGUCCAUUGGUUGUCUGGCUGCUGCUGGUGUAACAACAAUGGUUACCCCUGAUUACCAUGGAGGUGAUGAAUGGACCCGCAUAAUAGCUAGGGUUUUUUUCAAAAACGAAAACAAUCUCGCAUCUCUCUUAGCUCUGAAACAAUGGAUGGUUCACCUUGCUUCACCUUUGGUCACUUCUCCUCCAGCGACGUCAGGCCUUCCUCAUUACAAAUUGACCAACGAUAAGCUAAUACUUAUAACUGAAUGGUUUCACUCUCAAUUGGGUGUGCGACUCCUCCAUCGCACUGAUGACUACGAAUGCGACUCUUCCACUACACCUGUGAUUGCGUCCCGUCUCACCUCCCUGACCGCUACCUUAAUAGGUUUAUCUAUUCAAUUAGAUUUUUCUUUUCAGUUAGAAAUCGAUUUCGUCGCCUCCCCAGCUCUUCAUCUCUUCACUAAAAUCUCUCUUCAUCUAUCCACUAAAAUCUUCACGUCAAAACCAUUGUGGUGGUUGUGGCGAAAUCAAAAUGCAGGAUUGAACCAUUGUAGCAGAGCGAUCUUGAAACUUUUGAUUAAUACUUCUCAAGUCGUCUCCAAGGGCUUCUGUUUGAAUCAUUUCAUUGAACGACAGGUGAAUCAGACCAUCUUCUCAAUUUAUUUGACAUUGAAGAACAGUGCGUUGAAUUUCUUUGUCGUGUCCAAUUUAUCUCGACCAGAUCUCAAGCAGGAGCUUCUUGCAUUAGGUGAGCAGAUUGGGAAUGCUGGAUCAGGGUUAUCAGAGGAUUUUAUUUCAGGUGGUUUGCUUUUCAACAUGAUGAUACGUGUAGCCGCAGAAAAUCAACAAGCAUGUGGGAAUAAAAGCUUGUACAAUGACAGGGUUGAGUCUUUUGCAGCAGCUCUAUGGAAAUCUAUUAUAACUUGA